GUGCAUGUGAUGUGUGUACCCUGACCUACCAUAAUUCUACUCUAUCCGAUGUUGCCAUCCAUCCCUUCCCUUUCAUGAAGACGACAAGACAUACGUGUGUGUGUGUACGUGAGUGACUUCUCGUCCACACAGACAGACAGACAGACAGACAUGUUCGUUCCUUCAUGACAGGUUGGUUGCAGAAUAAGUAAGGUUCCCUGCAGCCACUCACUAUACAGAACACGCACCGGACGCAGCACAUGUCUGUUUCCAUCCAGACGCGGCGCAAACACAGGACACACACACAAGACACAUGGCAUGGAGCAGUCGCCGAACGGUUCACAGAGUCAGCACGAUCUUGCCCGCAUUGAGAUUGCUUUCCAUCCUCAUGUGUGCCUCCUGCACAUGCUCUAGCGGCAGCGUGCUGUCGUGCACCACCUACCUCCACACACACCAUCCACGCCAAGCAAGGAGUCAAUGAGUGAGUCAGUGUACUCUACUUGUCCGUCCCCCCUGUCAGGUGCCGACUGACUGACCUGGAGAGCUUCGCUGCUCAGAUGCGGCAGUAUCUCGUUCCGAAACCGCGCCACAAGCCGAGAGCGGUACGCCAGGUCGCGGGAGCGCAGCGUUGUGGCCGUCAGCUGCACCUGCACAGACAGAAUCAAAUACCAGCAGCAGCAUCUAGCGUCAUGUGUGAUGUGUGGCGUAUCGGGAUCUCUCAGCCAUGUGUCUCACGUGUGUGCGUAGAGUAGCCUACCCUACCCUCUUAGCGAGUAGCGUGGCGAGGUUUGCUUCAGGCACCUUUGGCCCCCCCAUGAGGCCAUACAGGACCCACCUGGCGUCCCUCGCACACGCCUUGGCGUUCUCGUCGAAGUAGGAGGCACCGAUGCAGUCCAGGAUGAUGUCACAGCCCCUGACGAGAAGGAAGAGGAUGCGUUAAGCAGGACUCUCUCUCUGUACGUAUGUAUGUGUGCAUGCCGAUCCCCCCACCCACCUGUUGUCUGUCAUCUGCAUGACUUGGUCCGAGAAGCGGCCCUCACAAGCCUUGUAGUUGAUCAACCCAGUCGCCCCUGACAGACAAAGACGCAAUCGACCAAGGCCUGCCUGCACUUUAGCUGUGGUGUCGUGCUCAUGGGCCUGGCUUACCCUACCUACCCAUCCUCUUGCAGAGGUCCAGCUUCUCCUCCUUGGACACAGUAGCGAUGACAGACGAAGCGCCGCCCAAUCUGGCCAACUGGAUGGCCGCCGUGCCCACCCCAGACGCACCCGCAUGGACCAACACGGAAUCGCCUUCACCAAGGUCUGCACACACAUACAGCAGCACCACAGGCAGUUGUUCACAGGGUCCGCUGUGCAGUGUUUAGUGGUCAGCACCUGCAGUACUGACUUGCAAUCACGUGCAGGUGCUGGAAGGCCGUCAGCCAUACUUCCGGCACACAGGCAGCCUUGACAUAGUCCCAGCCAUUGGGAAUGGGCAUGACGGUCGUAUGGGGCACAGCGGCAAACUCCGCAUAGCCUCCCCCCUGCAACAGGGCCAUGACCCGGUCGUUGACAUUGAAUGUAGUGACGUCAUCCGCCUUGUCGACCACGACGCCAGCCGCCUCCAGACCCAAGAUCUCGCUCUCGCCCUUGGGCACUGGGUAUCUGCCUGAUGAUUACAUGACGGGCGCAUGGGACAAACGCACAGAGCAGACGAAGGGCAUUCACGAUUGGGCGCAAAGGAUGAGUGCGUGGUGAGCUCACUGACCUUGUCGCUGCAGCGUGUCAGCUCUGUUGACUGCUGUGGCCUUGACCGCCAUCAAGAUCUCUCCAGCCUUGAGCACAGGCUUCGGCGCCUCGCCGAUGAACAACUGCUCCACACCACCGAAGGAUUUUUGCAGGACAGCCCUCAUCUUUGCCAUUGAUGGCCUCCUUGGUUGGUUGGUUAUUGUGCCUCCUUGGCAACAACCCGGGAC